AUGAUUACAACAGACAUAAACACGAAUACAAGCGAGGACACGAUGGACGAUGGAUCCUACAUUCAAUAUCUUCCUAUUGAAGCAGCAUUUCAAGCCGUUUCUUUAAUAAUUAUUAUGCUCGUGGCCAUAGCCGCAAAUACAAUGAAUAUUAUUGUGGUGUACAGAAAUUCCAACAUGCAGACGCCUCGUUAUAUGUUUAUAAUGAGUUUGGCUGUCGGCGAUUUAGGAGUGACACUUCUUUCAAUGCCCUUCUCUCUUGUGACAUGUAUAUCUCGACGAUGGAUCAUGAGCGACUCAUUAUGUCAACUCCAUGGUUUCCUCGGCUCGUUUUUUUUCUGUGUGUCGAUAUUUACGCUUACAAUAAUGAGUAUUGAGCAGUAUUAUUCUCUUGUCAAGCCUCUGUCACGUACAAUAACAGUUCGUCGGGCGUGGUACAUGAUUGCCGCUGCAUGGAUCUUGUCUACCCUUCUGUCCGUAGGGCCUGAGGUGGGCUGGGGACAUUUCGAGUACAACUCUAGCACGCUAUCUUGCGGGGUGGCCUUUCCGCGAUCGACUUUAGAGAAGAUGUAUCUCCUAUUUCUUGUCUUGAUAGCAUUUGUAAUCACGUUGCUAAUUAUGGCCUAUGCUUAUAUCAGGAUUUUAUUGACAGUUCGGAAACACACAGACAGAAUUGCAAGGUACACCAAGGGAGGGUUGGAGGUGAUGAGGCUACAAAGACGAAUAACCUACACGUUGCUACUUGUACUGCUCGUGUUUAUCUUAUGUUGGCUUCCAUUUGUUUUCUUGAUUGUUCUAGCCACACGAAACACAAGUGUCAAGGAAUUGCCAUACGGUCUCGGUGUUGCUGCCUACUGGUGUGGCUUUUUUAAUUCUUCAGUGAACCCGAUUAUCUUUGUUAUCAGAAACGAUCGCUUCCGGGAAGGUUACCGUGAGAUCCUUAGCGAGAUCUGGUACGGACUGCAAUGCAAACGACCGCCGAAAAUACGAACACCGCAGAUAAAAAACACGUGGUAUUUGAACAAACGUUCAGGGAAAGAGGGAGAAACUCCAAAGGUCAUGUUAAGAGCUUUUCCUUCUAUUUCCCCUGUACCAGAUGUAGAAUUAAUGUCCGAUCAUGGUGAUCAAGACGAAAACGGAAUUGAAGAACUUAUUACAACAUAA